AUGACUGGGUUCAAGUGUGAAAUAGAUUUAUUGGACCCAGACAUUACAUGCUGUGGUAUUCCACCACCUUUCUCAAAAAUAGCUCAGAUCAGAAUCAUUGAUGAGAACAAUAUUGCUCAAGAGUUUAAGUAUGCAUAUAAUGCUCAAUAUACUGAGUUAAUAAGUAGGUAUAAUUUAUGUCUUAAGUAUGUUAUUGUAUGA